AUGUUGGUACCAACGAGACUGUACUCCUUGACCGCUUCCCAAGUUCUGCGUCUGCUCAAGAACGACACCAUCACAGUUGAACAGUACGCGCUUUCUAUUUUAGGCCGCAUUGAGGAGAGAGACAGCAUAGUGAAGGCAUGGACGUACCUCGAUCCACAACUGGUACUGAGCCAAGCUCGAGCUCUUGACCAGAUUCCCCCUGGUCAAAGAGGACCGCUACAUGGAGUGGCGGUCGCCGUCAAGGACGUGAUGAAUACGAAAGAUAUGCCGACUCAGUUUGGCUCUCCACUGUACGAAGGGAAUCAGCCGGGCUUUGAUUCAUCAGCCGUUGCAAUUCUACGAUAUGCUGGCGCUCUCAUCUUGGGCAAAACCGUCACGACAGAGUUCACCGCGACCAAUAUGGGACCCAACACCACCAACCCCCAUGACCCAAAUCGUACCCCGGGCGGCUCAUCGGCCGGGUCCGCCGCAGCGGUGGCCGACUUGCAAGUACCACUCGGUCUCGGAACGCAGACUGCUGGCAGCUUGAUCCGUCCGGCAUCAUUCACUGGAAUAUUCGCCAUGAAGCCAACCUUCAAUGCAAUAUCAACCGAAGGCCAAAAAACCUAUUCCGUCAACGUCGAUACCUUCGGAUUUUUUGCGCGCAGCAUGGAAGAUCUGCAACUAGUUGCAGACAUCUUUGCCCUCAAGGACGACGAACUUCCCAGCUCUGUGAUCUUGAAAGACGCCCGAGUUGCUUUGAUCAAGACCCCAAUGUGGGACAAAGCUGGACCUGGCACGGAUGCUGCCAUGGAAAAGGCCGCCACGAUUCUCAAAAAACACGGGGUGAAAGUCGAAGAGGUAUCGUUUCCCCCAGAGUAUAGCGAUGGUAAAGCCUUGAAGCGGAUGCUAGAAAUCAUUGCAAACAGCGACGCUCAAGCUGCUUUUCUCAGGGAGUAUCGGAUGGACAAGACUAAGCUGGAUCCGAUCAUUCGUGGAUUCGUCGAAAAUAGUGCCAACUACACGCGCAAAGAAAGAGUACAAGCGCUGGAUAGGUACGCCAGCAUGCGGCCGAUAUUCGACGAGAUUGCUGCAGACUUCUCUGCCAUCAUUACACCUAGCGUUCCUGACGAAGCACCCCUGGGCCUGGACGAUAUGGGCUCUCCGGCCUUCAAUUUCAUCUGGACGGGGCUUCAUAUGCCUGUUAUCCACAUUCCCGCAUUCAUUGGAGCCCACGGGAUGCCGCUCGGGAUAUCUGUCGUAGCAGGCAGAUUUUUUGAUCAGCAUCUUCUGGCAAUCAGCAAAGCCCUCAGUGAACCUCUUAUGGCUGAAGGUGGGUGGAAGAUAUCGUGA